UUCCGUGAAAAAGUCCCUUCAAGAUUUUGAUAACAUGUCACUUGUCGAUUGUUGAAUGACUUUUGUGAUAUUUACGGAUUGACUGGAUCUACGUGGACACUUGCUGGACAACAGACGAGAUUGCAAAGAUGAAUGAGGCUGACAUUCCAAUUGAUAUUCACACGGGGAAGUUGCAGGAAUGGCUUGUAAGUCGACGAAUCGUCCCCAAACAGAUUCAAAUACAAGUUCGGGAUAUCCGAAGCAAGAUUGCCAAUGCUAUGAAGGAUAUGCCCGCGAAUGAGGAUUUAAUUAAAUUAUUGUCUGGAGCGCAUAUAAACUAUUUCCACUGUCAGCAAAUUAUUGAAAUCCUCAAGCACACUGAGAAGGACACGCGCAGUCUUUUUGGAACAUACGGUAGCCAACGUAUGAAAGAUUGGCAAGAGAUCAUUAAACUAUACGAACGAGAUAACGUCUAUUUGGGCGAAGCAGCUCAAAUACUCGUUCGAAAUCUAACUUAUGAGAUUCCUGGUAUUAAACGACAAAUCACCAAAUUCGAACAACAAAGCACCGAUGCUCUGAAACGCAUUCAAGACCUCGGUAAGACCGAGACUAUUCUGCUUCAUGAACAUGCAGCUUUAUGCCAACAGCUUGGUAUAAAAGGGGAUAAUCUAAAAGAUGAGUUAACGGCGAAAGUUAGAGAGCUUCCGAAAAUCUAUGACAGUUCGAUUAAGAAUAUCAAGACCUUAAAGGAUCCGAUCAAAUUAUACGAGGACUUCACAAAAAAUGAAAAUUGUCUUCCGAUUCUAAAGCAUUUGGUGGAAUUUGGAAACACUACGGUCUACCAGUAUAUGCACAAGGAAGCUCCGCUUGUCGUUGAGGAGCCGCCGAUUAAUUUGAAGUUGUCGCACGACGAAAAGAAAUCCACAGCCGCGAAAAAUGAUAACGAAAUCGAUUUCGGAUUCGAUGAUAUUACAGUGGAUACAAGUGGUGGGGGAAUUGAUUUUGGAACAGAUGAGAUUCAGCUGGAAACUGGCGACAUCGAUUGGGGCGAGUCAAUCGAGGUUUCAACUACUGACGUGGAUUUGGAUGUGCCUUUGGAUGACUAUGGAAUCGUCGUUGAAGGUGUGGGAAUGGACGGCGGAAAAGCUAAAGGUGCCGAAGCAUAUACAAUCCUUGACUCGCCGACUUAUCGUGAUCAAUUCAUUGAUGAGCUCUACGAACUCGAGUCCUUCCUGAAACUACGUAACUUUGAACUUGGUCAGUUAGAAUCCUCCAGUAACGUGCUUCUCUCCUUGAUGGAUAGUAUUUCAACUCAUGACGCUAAAAGCAUCGCAAAAAUGCUAGACAACGUUGAAUCCAUAAUUUCCGAUGUAUCAAACGAACAAACACAACAUUUAUUCCAAUUAAAACAUUCACCGAAAUAUGCAGAUCUACUUUCAUCUAAGCUAAAGCAAAAACUGGCAGCUGUUGAGAAAACAAAGACAACUUGCCAGGUCUUGAAGGCCAAAUCAGAAGAGCUGAAUGAGGAGAAGGUGAAAACGAAGCCUGUCCUUGACAAGAUGAUUGAACAAACGAAAGUGUUGGAGAAACAAAUUGAAAAAGAUAUUUCGAAGAGGUAUAAGAAUCGCGUUGUAAAUUUGAUGGGAGGAGCAAAUAUGUUGUAGUUGAUUGUAAAGCUGGAAUGUUGUAAAUAAAGUACCAGAUCUAAUUUUGUAAAAGUGCAAAUCGGAA